GAAAACGUUACCCCCUUCUUUAAACAAUGGACGGUUCUGUAACUGGAGCAAAGGCAACAUAGCACGGUAACCCAGCCGUGCAGGGAUCAUAUAACACUUUGGAGACCUGGUAAGGUAAUGCACAUGUGCAUGUCGUGAAGCAAGUGGCCCGUCAAGUCAGACGACAGAAACCAAAGAGAGGAAAGUUUGCAGAACGACAGCAAUGGGAGAGAAAGAAGAUCCGAGCUCAUCCCAGGCAACCAUGCCGGAAGAGAAGGCGGUAGAAUGCGGCAUCGGCCCCGUCAAGCCCCGCUGGAUGAGGCGGUGUGCUGACGUCAGGUGCAUGGUCGCCAUGAUCUGUGUCUUCAACUUUCUUACGUCCUCCGUUCACUUCGGCUACCUGAAUGGCGUCCUGACCACCAUAGAGAAACAGUUCGGCAUCAGCAGUUAUCAGUCCGGCCUGAUCAAGAGCUGUAAGGAGAUAGGAGAACUGUGCAUCGUGCUCUUCGUCUCGUACUUAGGAGGAAAAGGUCACCGUCCGGUCGUCCUGGGCGCGACCAUUUUCCUGACGGGGGUGGGCAUGACCAUGUUGGCUAUACCACACUACCUGCUUGGCCUGUACGAUUACGGGAACAACCAGAACGGGACGUUGGGUGCGGGGCUGUGUCCUGCACCAAUCAACGAAUCAGUCUGCCUUGCCGGAAGUGGAAGCGGAAGUAGUUCCGACACUUUGAUCUAUUUCAUGUAUUUCGGGAUGGUUCUGAGCGGCUUCGGUCCGAGCGCCUUCACGACAAUUGGCAUCUCCUACAUGGACGACCAUGCGCCGAAGAAAACAUCACCUCUGUACUAUGGUAUCAUCUACGCCUGUGGAUCGGCAGCGGCGGCCCUGGGUUAUGUGGUCAGCUCCGUCCUCCUGUCCUUCUUCGUGGACUUCGACAGAGUGGACACCUCUUCAGUCACCAUCAAUCCAUACGACUCCCGGUGGAUCGGUGCGUGGUGGCUGGGGUUCCUGUGUGUCGGCGUGCCGUUAGUUCUCGUCUCCUUCCCCUUCUUCUGCUUCCCCAAGUCUCUCCCGAUCCCACCGGAAGAGGAGGAGGAGGAAAACGAAAAGAACGUCAAGGAAGAACCGCAAAGUCGUCAAGACCCAGGACUUAUCAAAGGUAUUUUUGUCCAAGGCUGGAGUCUCCUGACGAACGCUGUCUAUAUGACGAUGUUGUGCGCCAGUAUCUUUACUGUAGCCCUGCUGCAGGGGUUCACGCUCUACACGCCUAAACUGGUGGAGGUGAACUUCGGCCUGACAGCAUCGGCAGCCAGUCUCUUUACUGGGGCUAUCUGCGUUCCCGGUAACAUAGCAGGAGUGCUACUCGGAGGUUUCAUCACAAGAAAGUGGAAACUCCGCGGCCUGCAGUGCAUGACAUUCGUUAUCAUCUGUUCUGUUGUGGGGACGUCGUUGGGCGCUCUCAUGUGGAUCACUCCAUGCGAUUCUUCUGGGGUGGCGGAUGGGGUUGUACAGUCCUGUCCUAGCAGAGGCUGCGCAUGCUCAGAUAACAACCCUAUCCCAGUGUGCGGGGCGGACGGCGUGACGUACUACUCCGCAUGCGUGGCCGGGUGUCAGGGUCUCCAUCCGCUAAACGGAACAGCGUUUCCGACGUAUAACUACACAGACUGCGAAUGUUUGCAGUCUGGUACCUGGGCGCUGCAGGGACACUGUAGCACGCCUUGCCCGCAGUGGAAGUUCAUCCUCUUCAUGGCCUCAGCCUUCUGCCUAACAUUCUUAUCCGGCAUGCAAAUAUCACCUUCGUAUCAGAUCUACAUCAGAUGUGUGAAGGUGGAAGAGAAAUCCUUCGCACUGGGCAUCAGGCAUUUAGUGCAGAGGCUUCUCUCGAAUAUCCCUGCUCCGGUGUAUUUCGGGGCGGUCAUCGACGGGGCCUGCACCAUGUGGCAAAGGUCAUGCGGAAGUAGCAAAGCAUGCUGGGUCUACAACAGGAGGCAAUUUGCAUACGGCUACCUCGGUCUCAUGUACGGGUUGUCUGGUGGGGUGAUAGUGUUCUGGGUAGCGACAUGGGUGGCUCUUAGGUACCAGUGGAGAAAAACUAAGAAAGCUAAGUUACAGGCAGCCAAUGGGAUCGCGGCACCCUUUGACACUGAUGAAACUAGACUGUAACAAGAUGGCCGACUAAUGACGUCACAAACCAACAUGGCUGUACCCAGGUACAAGGGUUAAACAGAAUAGGUUUCCCUUUCGCAAACGUAUACCUGUAAUUAUAAUAUAGAAAACAUUGGUUUAUGUAAUAAAGUGUAUGAUACACAUUGGCGGGAAAAUCCUACGUCUUAACAUAUCAUACAAUUGAUGUGAAAACGCACUUCACUUUCCAUUGUCCUCUAAACAAUGCUAAAAACAUAACACAAAACUUCCCAUCGGGAAUAGUUAAGUACGAGUAAAGCUUAAGCAUGUACAAUGUACAGGCU